AUGUUUUAUUCACUAAUCUCAGAUUUACUUUUGAUAGGGCUUGAACAGAACAAAGAGUACUUAAAAAUCAUUUGUAAAGAUAAUAUACCAGGGUUUUUGAAAGUUUUCAGUUCCUUUUUUGUUACUUUUAACUUAGCUUCUAAUUUUUUGACCCUCUUGCUAAAAUCUUUAACUUCAGAUCUUAGUGUAGAGGAAUGUAUAUUGCUUGAGCUUAAUUUUGGAAAAAGAUGUGAAAACAAUGCUGCAGUUGUUAAAAGUAAUAGAGUUGAUUGUGUUGAAAGGAUGUCAGUUAAAGGUGAUGAAAUUGAUUGUGUUGAAAAGAUGUCAGGUUGCUUAGUAACUAAUGAAGGAUCAAGGUGGUUAGGGUUAAUUGCACUAGGAUUAAAAGGCCAUAUUUUAGUUGCUUUAAAAGCAUUACAAAUUGUUAAAAAUGUGUAA